UAAUAAGAAGACCCAAUUUUUCCAUUUACUUUUCUUGUUUUUUUUUUUUUUUUAUCCCAAAGGACCCGCCAAUGUAAACGCACUUCCCAUUCCGAUUCUCUAUCCGAAUGACUCAACUGGUCAUCCCAUUCUGUUUUCACUAGGUCUCAGAUCCAGUGACAAUCCACGUCACUUUGCGUUGCAUGUGCUCUGAAACCACUUGUUAAUCUCUGUGCUUGCAAUCGCGCUUCAGUGUGGAAGCUGAAUGCGAUAAUGGCUUCUCGCACUUACGACUCUAACUUCUUGAAGCAAUUUUGGAUCCCCAACCACGUUCUCAUGCCGGAAUCUAAGGUUGAAGAUAGCGUGAUCGAUCCUGAUGGACCUAAGUGUCCGGUGCUCGUUUUCGUUAACUCAAAGAGCGGUGGUCAGCUAGGAGGGAGCCUCUUGGAAACGUAUCGUGCGCUUCUCAGCGAAAAACAGGUUUUUGACUUAGGGGAAGAGGCUCCUGAUAAGGUUCUCAGCAGAAUUUAUGCUAAUUUGGAAAAUCUGAAGGUCCAGGGUGAUCAAUUUGCUAUAAGGACGAUGGAAAAGUUGAAAUUAAUUGUUGCAGGGGGUGAUGGAACGGCUGGAUGGCUACUUGGAGUUGUUUGUGAUCUCAAAUUAUCUCAUCCGCCACCCAUAGCCACAGUUCCCUUGGGCACAGGGAACAAUCUACCAUUUGCAUUUGGUUGGGGGAAGAAGAACCCAGGGACAGAUGAACAAUCGGUCAUGUCAUUUCUAGAACAAGUAAUGAAAGCUAAGGAAAUGAAAAUAGACAACUGGCACAUUCUUAUGCGGAUGAGGGCUCCAAAGCAAGGUUCCUGUGAUCCAAUUGCACCUCUUGAGUUACCACAUUCUUUGCAUGCUUUCCAUCGUGUAUCUGAGGCAGAUGAACUCAAUAUGGAAGGAUGCCAUACUUUUCGUGGGGGAUUUUGGAAUUACUUCAGCAUGGGAAUGGAUGCUCAAGUGUCUUAUGCAUUUCAUUCUGAACGAAAGUUGCAUCCUGAAAAAUUCAAAAAUCAGUUGGUCAAUCAGAGUACUUAUGCUAAGCUUGGAUGCACACAAGGAUGGUUUUUUGCUCCUCUGUUCCAUCCUCCUUCCAGGAACAUAGCACAUCUUGCAAAAGUAAAGGUCAUGAAAUCGCAUGGUCAUUGGGAAGACCUGCACAUACCUUCCAGCAUCAGGUCAAUUGUAUGCCUUAACUUGCCUAGCUUCUCUGGUGGAUUAAAUCCAUGGGGUACGCCAAACAAGAAGAAGAGUAGUGAUAGAGAUUUGACACCACCUUAUGUAGAUGAUGGCCUUAUAGAGGUGGUUGGUUUUAGAGAUGCUUGGCAUGGGCUUGUUUUGCUUGCUCCAAAUGGACAUGGAACUCGUCUUGCUCAGGCACACAGAAUCCGCUUUGAGUUUCACAAAGGUGCGGCAGAUCACACAUUCAUGAGGAUUGACGGGGAACCUUGGAAACAACCCCUACCGGUUGACGAUGAUACUGUUUUGGUGGAGAUAUCUCACCAUGGCCAGGUUAACAUGCUCGCCACUCAUGAUUCCAAGGCUAAAAGUGUGAAUGAUCCAUCAUCACCAUACCAUAAUGAUGUAGAGGAAGAUGAUAGUGAUGAUGAAGACUCCAAAGCAGAUGAAUUCCGGAAGUUUGGUGCGGCAGAUACAUUUAAAAUCCCAGAUGAAGUAGACCUUGCUCAUCUUAGUUAGGUCUUACAAGCCAUUCUUUAGCUAUGCAGUUGAAAUUGCCUGCCUAGCUGUUAAUUAGGACUUCGAUAAAUAUUAAUUGUCGUUGCCCCUAUCAAAUGUAUCACCUAUUUGCUCUAUUGUAGCAGCGUUAUGUCUGUAUGAUAAUAAUCGUAAUUAAGAAUUUAGAUGCAAUAAUUUCUUUGUUGUCAACUAUUUUGCAUGUGACAUCUAUACCGAUUUAUCAUAUAUCUAUUCCUGAAACGCAGGUUGUUAUGCUGU